GGUUUCAGCUCAGUCUGUGCUUGGAACUCGAACGUGCUUAAAGCUAUCGCAGCAGUUUAGCUUAUUAUAAACAGCGUCAGCAACGAAUACAAUUUACGAAUUCCACUUUGACGACAGACAGUCGGAAACAACAGAGUUUUAAACAAUUUGUUAAAGUGGAUGCAUAAAUAGCUGCAUGUACAACAAAUAAAAAAAUGAUAUAAUGAUUUAAAAGUAUUUACGUACUUAAACCAAAUUGAAAGCAAGUAAAUCCAGUGACUAAUAUACUUGACGUAAAUUAUACUGCCUUUUUGAAGAUUAUGCGAUAGUAAACAAUUUAAAUAAGAAAAUAAUUAUAUUUACUAAAUAAACAUAAAAUUAAAAUGAAUUCCGACGAAGAGAGCUUGUAUGAUCCUGAAGCGGCUGAAGCAGCCACUCAAGUGCACGAUGCAGCUUUAAUUGGCGUGCGAAGCAACGGCGGCACACCGUCUACAGCAACCGCACAUAGCAGCAGCCAAAGUGACGAAACAGCCAGUAAAGAUGAUGUACCUGCUGCAGCCGACGACAACACGAUAUAUGCAGCGCCGCGUAGACGUUGGUUCAUAUUAGAGCCAGCAGUGUUUUUGGUUUUUCUCGCUAUGUAUUUAUCAGGGGCGGUAUAUCAAAACCAAGUACUCUAUCAGACUUGUGUUGCUGUAUACAAAUACAACGAGAGUGAUUGCCAACCGCUGCUGGGUGUAAGCAGGGAAACAGAAGAGGCGCAGGAAAUCGAAACUCGCGUCCAACCGUAUGUUGCGCGUAUUCUUAUGGCACGCUCACUGUUGGAAAGCAUCAUACCGGCAUUUGUUAGUUUAUUUGUCGGUCCAUGGUCGGAUAAGUUUGGACGUCGUCCAAUUAUACUCGCCACAUAUACGGGUUACCUCACCGGCUGCAUAAUUCUGACGAUUUUAGCUUUUAUUGCGACCAAAGUUGUAAUAAGCCCUUGGCUAUUUCUACUAUCUUCUGUGCCCUCGGUGAUUAGUGGUGGCACCUGUGCGCUAAUUACUGGUAUAUAUUGCUAUAUUUCGGAUGUAGCGAAGGAGAAAGCACGCGCUGUGCGCAUGGUGUUGAAUGAAGCCUCACUUCUGGCCGGCAUGAUGGCUGGCAACGUUUUGAGCGGUUAUGUAUACGCAGCAACGAAUGUUGUAACCGUUUUUGCCAUCUCAGCGCUACUGAUGUUACUCGCCUUAUUAUAUGUGUUGAUAUUUGUUGUAGAGAGUCUGCGACCCGAUCAAAUACACACGGGUUCCAAAAUACGUGAAUUCUUCCGUUUCGAUUUGGUGAAGGAUUUAGUGCACACUUGCUUCGAACGAAGACCCAGCUAUGAUCGUGCCAUUAUUUGGCUUACAAUGAUUACGCUGACCAUUGCCUUAUUCACCAUGGAGGGUGACAGCAAUGUAACGUAUCUCUUCUUCCGCGCGAAAUUCGAAUGGACACUGAAGGAUUUUACGCUCUUCAAUGCAGCGCGCAUUGUUGUGCAAAUAAUUGGCAGUAUUUUCGGUUUAAUUUUAUUGCGAAAAGUUUUUAAAUUCUCCAUUGUCUCAAUGACCAUGCUUUCGCUGGCUUGCUGUGUUUUGGAGAGCACAGUACGUGCCACCGCCAUGUAUUGGUGGGAGCUCUAUCUGGGCAUGGUGUUAGGUGGCAUGCGCGGCAUAAUGGGUCCCAUGGCACGCGCUAUACUAUCGCAUGUGGCACCUCCUACGGAAGUUGGCAAAAUAUUCGCAUUCACCACUUCGUUGGAGUCGCUUUCACCACUCGGCGCUGCGCCGCUCUACACUACAGUUUAUAAUGCGACAAUCGGUUUUUAUCCGGGCAUUUUUAAUUUCAUCAGCGCUGGUCUCUAUUUGCUUUGUUUCACAUUGAUUGCUGUAAUUUACAGUAUACAAAAGUCAUUGGGUAAUACUGCGGCUUAUCAAGCGAUCGGCAGUUAGAAAUUGAAGUCACAGUGAUAUUAUAUACAUACAUAUAUGUAUAAUUUCCCUUUUUUGUUUGUAAUUCCCGUAUGAUAAAGUAUACAGUUUGUGCAUAUAUAGUUAGCUAAUUGUCGCAUGUGAUGUGAAAAUACUUUUUAAGUAUUAUUUUAAAGUGUAAAAUAAAAACGCGAAAGUUUAUAGAAUAUUAUAUAUAUAAAAUAUAUAUUUUUAUAGCAAAAAUGUGUAUAGUUUUCGAAACUAUUUUUUCUGAAAUUGUAAGUAGGUUACGGUAUGUUUUUGAAACAGAUUUCAAAAUAUUAAACACUGCAGUAUUUUAAAAGAAGCAGCAACAUAUCUAAAUUUUGCCAAUUAAGUAAAAUGUAUAAAUAUAUUAUAGAGUGCUUCCCAUAAUUUAAAGUUAAAUUUUAUGCAUAAC